AUGGACUAUGUGUAUCUUGUCACACCGAACAUCUGGCCGCUCAAUCGGAAGUACAAGGACUACAAGGCCCCUUUCUAUGGUCUGAAUGAUGAGGUUCCCAUUGUUCUGACCGUCAUACUCGGUCUGCAACAUGCCCUCUCCAUGAUUGGUUCAAUCGUCAGCCCUCCUCUUGCCAUUGCUGGCGGUGCCUUUUAUAUGAACUCGGCUCAAACGCAGUACCUCGUCUCAGCGGCCUUCAUCUGCACUGGUAUCGCGACCGCCCUUCAGGUGACACGGGUUCAUCUGAAGAAGACUCCGUUCUUCAUCGGGACAGGCCUACUCUCCGUAGUUGGCCCGACAUUCGACAUCUUACCUAUCGCCUUCAACUACACUGCUAUGCGUUACGAGAAUGGCACUUGCCCAACCGCCGAGGACGGAACCCAACUGCCAUGCCCGGAUGCCUACGGUGCAAUCCUGGGGACCAUCUUGUGCACAGUUUGGGUGCAGAUUCUCAUGUCCUUUGUCCCGCCGAAGACAUUGAACAGGAUCUUCCCUAAGAUUGUAACAGGUAGUUUGCUCUUGCUUGUUGGAGUCUACUUGAUCAGCAAUGGAAUGCAAAAUUGGGGCGGAAGCAGCAACUGCCAUGACGGCACCGGCUACUACGCCCUCUGCCCCAAUGUCGGUGCCCCGAAGCCUCUGAGCUGGGGUGACCCGAAGUUGAUCGGUCUCGGUUUCAGCGUCUUUGUCUCGAUCAUUCUGGUGGAGCAGUUUGGAUCACCGCUCAUGAAGUCCUCCUCCGUCAUCAUUGGUCUUUUCGUCGGCUGCCUCAUCUCGGGGUUGACUGGAUACUGGGAUCUUUCUAACAUCCGGGCUGCGCCGGCUGUUACCUUCCUCUGGGUGCACACUUUCCACCUCUCUGUGGAUGGCGCGCUCGUGCUACCUCUGCUGAUCAUGUUUGUUUGUGAAGCUGUCUCCUGCAUGCCUGAUAUCCUUGCCACGGCUGAAAUUAGCAACGUUGAUAUCGAGGGAACAGAGUUCAACUCCAGGAUCCAGGGAGGCAUUCUCUGUGAUGGUCUGGGCAGUCUGAUCAGCGCAUUGGGAACUGGCCCGCCGAUGGUGUCUCAGGCUGGAAACAACGGUGUUAUUUCUUUGACUGGCUGUGCCUCCCGCCGGGCUGGUUGGUGUGCUGCCGCCUUCUUGAUUCUCAUGGGUAUCUUUGGCAAGUUUGGUGCCGUCUUUGGCUCGAUGCCGCCAUCGGUGCUUGGAGGCAUGCAGGUCUUCCUUUAUUCCACCAUUGCCGUUGCCGGUAUCAGAGUCCUUGGUCUAGUGCCCUUCACGCGAAGGAACAGAUUUAUCCUCACUGCUAGCUUGGGUAUUGGUUUCAUGGAUAUUGUCCAACCAGACUGGUUCGGCCAGAUCCUUGACUACAGUGGUGCCAACGUUCAUCUGGCGGGUUUCGAGCAGGGCAUCAACCUGAUUGUUGAGACGCCGUUCAUUGUCGCGGCUGUCAUUGGAGUCUUCCUCAACCUGGUUCUGCCUAAUGAUUCAAGUGAGAUGGAUGACUGGAUCAGAGAUGCAGCGGGCCAUCCCGUCCUCGACAAAGAGCACAGGGCUUAA